AACCAGGAAGUGCUGUGCGAAGCAGAAGACGAAUCGGGCAUGUUAAGUAGGCCUGUGCGUGCGGGUAGCACAGCGGCUGAACGUGAGCAACUCAGGCAACUGGUGGAGCAAUUCUUGUUUCAUGAUAAAACAGAUUUUUUCUCGUUUCAGGAUCUCGAGAUCCAUGGCGUGAUGCGAUUUUAUUUUCAAGAAUCUCGCGAUAAGGUGUCCACAAAAUGUAUUCGAGUCUCGAGCACAGCAACCACUCGUGCAGUCAUCGAAGCAUUGGUGGAUAAAUUUCAUCCUGACCUAAAAAUGCUCAGUAAUCCGGAAUAUACGCUCUGGGAAGUGCAUGAGAAUGGCGAAGAACGAUGUUUGGCGCCUAGCGAAAAGCCACUGCUUGUGCAACUGAAUUGGCACAAAGAUGACCGCGAAGGUCGCUUUCUACUUCGAGCACUAACAACAGCAAAAGUAAGCAUUUUUGCUUAA